GUAUUUAACUCUUUCAUUAAUUGUUCUAAAAAUGGAGGAAGUUACGAUGCUUCUGACUCUGAUAUUGGUGGUGCUCCUCUCCAUCUCCCUGCAGGCCUUUUCACAAGAACGUUAUUAUGACUUAAGGAUUGAUUGUGGAGCAUUCAACCAAACGGCGGCAAGGAAUCAAGAUGGUCAUAUUGUUCAAUGGCUCACCGACCAAAAUUUUGCAUACACCGGAGAAAACCAACUCCUCAGCUACAGCCAACACUUUAGCACAAUGAACUCUCUACGAUAUUUCCCUGCUGGUCAGAGGAACUGCUACUUCUUACCCUUGGAUUCAUCGGACAGAAAGUUUCUGUUUCGAGCAGGAUUUUAUUAUGGAAACUAUGAUGGCCUGUCCAAGCCUCCAAGUUUCAAUUUGGAGAUUGAUGGAAAUUUUUGGACAACAGUGACAACUAACUCUACGAAUAAUAAUAAGCCUGUUUACUAUGAAUUGAUUUACAGGAUCAAGAGAGACAGUGCUCAAGUGUGUUUGGUCCAAACAAGUGAUGAGAUUCCAUUCAUUUCUUCCCUUGAAGCUAACGAAAUUAUUCCAGAAGAUGUCUACAGGUUGAUGGAGAACAACACAGGUUUGCUUCUUCAUAGCAGGAUCAAUUAUGGAGCAAACGCUACUAUUGAGCAACUCAAUCGCGAGCAAGAUUGGUUCAACCGAAUUUGGAAGGCCAAAAAAAUGUCGGAAUAUCUCAACAUUGUUUCUGCCAUAAUCGUUGAUGACACAAUGCUUGGUGAAAAUUAUCCACCAUGGCCUGUUAUGCAAACUGCUAUACAAGCAAAAAACAUCUCUGACUCCAUUCAUCUAUCUGUCAACUUUUCUGCUCAAACAACUACAGUAGCCUACUUUGUGCUGUAUUUCAGGGACCCAAUUGGAAGAUUUACUGAAAGUAUUGCCCAAGUUGAGAUUUUCAUAGACAGCCAAAAAUUGGGAGCUACUGAUGUUCCUCCCGAUUAUCGAACUACUGAUGUGUUCCAUGUGGUGUCGUUUUAUCCAGUUAAGGUUAAUGGUUCAGCUAAUGUAACCAUUUCUCCUGCAAAGAAUUCUACGUUAGCACCUCUCCUUAAUGCCAUGGAAGUGUUUUCUGUAGUUAAUAUGCCUUAUGCUUCCAAGGCAGCUUACUUGCCAAAUCUUUCUGUUGUGUCUUGUUUGGUUUUCUUACAUCUGUUAACCAUUAUUGUUUCUGCUACUGAGCUGUUCUAAAGUAUUGUAAUUCCAUGAGUAAUGCUGUUUAAAUCCAUGUUUGUGUAGUUUAUGUUUCAAUAGACUAUGAUCCUAGCCUGGUUCUUGGAACUCAACAGUAAGACUGCCAAUUAUAAGUGACUGUUACAUAUCAAAGUGCUUUGUUUACCAUACUACAUCGUAUAAAUAAAAGUAAGGCUACUGUUAAUUAUGUGCUUGAAUUUUGCUUUGUUCACAAGAAGCGAUGAAUACAGAAGUCGUGAGAGAAACUUUUGUCAA